CCAGCUGGUUUUAUCAGAGAAUGAGCUGGGGCCACGGUGGGAAAAAGACAGAGAGGAGAGACAGAGAUACAGAGGGAAGAUUCAGAGAGUGUGUAUGUGUGUGUGUGUGUGUAGCAGCCGGUAAUUAUCUUCCAGUGACUGAACCAAUCAAGAGCCACAGCCCAUUUAGAUUCUCAGUCUAUGCCCAGGAAAAAGGAGGUAGACAGUGUGUUUAUUGAAUCAGAGUCAGAGAGAGAGGGAACGGAAGUGUUUUCUUUGGAGCGGCAUAGCUCUUCCUUUCUCAUAUUUGCCGAGACGUGCUGGGUGAAAACAGAUGGACAAGAUGAACCACAGCUCAGCUGAAGCAGAGGCUGAAACCAUAGAACCACUGCGUUACCUCAGUAAAGGGGAGGUGGCAGCCAUCGAGACAGAGCUACUGAGGGACUACAAGUUUGGACAACAGCAACUGAUAGAGAUCUGGGGACAAGCAUGCGCCCUCGCCAUCACCAAGGCCUACCCUCUCAGCUCUCUAGCAAAGAAGCAGCCAACAGUGCUGGUGAUCUGUGGUCCAGAUCAAAAUGGCUCCAUUGGCUUGGUGUGUGCCCGACACCUGCGCAUGUUUGAAUAUGAGCCUACCAUCUACCACCCUAAACGCUCCUCUCACAGUCUACACCAGGAUUUCACAGUACAGUGUGAGAAGAUGGACAUUCCUUUCCUCUCCUAUCUCCCCACAGAGGUGCAGCUCAUAAAUGAUGCCUACAACCUUGUGAUUGAUGCCAUGCUGGGCCCAGAGGCAGACUGUGCCAACAUUAAGGAGCCAUACUCUGGUAUUCUGGUCACCCUGAAGCAAGUCAAGAUCCCCAUCGCCAGUGUGGAUGUGCCCUCAGGUUGGGAUGUAGAAGAACCAAGUCAGGAUGGGAUAAACCCAGAAGUUCUCAUCUCACUUACAGCGCCAAAGAAGUGCGCCAUGAGUUUCUCGGGGAAGCAUUUCUUGGCUGGACGUUUCCUGCCCUAUGACAUCCAGAAAAAAUACGAGCUUAACCUCCCAGACUACCCUGGCACAGACUGUCUCAUAGAAUUGUAACACAUGGGAAACAUGAGAGCCAGUGUGGCCGCUCCUCAGUUUGGAAAAAAGUUACAGUCAAUCUAUUCUCUUGUUUUGUAUUUUAUAGAUUGUUAAUGUGAUUUAAUGUUAACAUCGCAGUUGUGUAGAACUGGCUACACUUUAGCCACAUGUGCUGUUGAGCUACAGUAGAAGGAUAAUGUUUAGGAACUAUUAUUUGAGUCAUGUCUUUUUAGGGAAUGGCAUGAGGAAUUUCUGUGUCAAUUUCUGUACUUGUAAAAGCUGUAGCAUUACACUGUUUUACUGAUUACUUUACAAAAGACAGAAAUUUCCUUUUCAUAGUCAGCAAAGAAAGACAAAUUUUCUAUGAUGCCAAGCACUGGAAUUUUAUUUUCAACCCCCCUUUUUUAAAUGUUAAUGUUCUGAUGUGUUUAUGCUCUUGUGUUUUAACUUUCUACUUAAGUGUGCUGCUGAGAUGAACUGGUGGAGGCUGGCGAUUCUAAAUUUUCUGUUCAUGUGUUUUUGGUUUGUUUGGUCAGCCUGCACUUCUGCAUUACUUUUGUUUCAGUUACUUCAUUAGCUGUUACAAAAGGUCCAGACAGUUCUUGUCCAAUAAAAAAAGGCCAUUUAAAUAAUGA